AGGGUGGAAUCAGUGAAAUGGUAGAUGAACUAAACAGCUCUAAGAUUAUGUAUGCAUUCUGUAAAGUGAUGGAUCCAAAUACAAAUCUGCCAAAAUAUGUUCUUAUUAGUUGGCAAGGAGAAGCUGCACCAGAAUCUAUGAAAUUUAAAUGUGCCAAUCAUUUAAGAGAUGUUACACAUUUUUUUAGGGGUGUCCAUGUCACAAUCAAUGCUAGGACAGAGGAUGAUCUAGAUGAAGAUGACAUCUUAAAGAAAGUUUCCAAAUCGUCUGGUUCCCAGUACAGUAUUCAUCAUGAGAAAGCUAAACCUCAGGAACCAGUCGCCCCUGUGGGUUCAGUUUACCAGAAAACACAGGCUGCUAGAGAUAUCAACAUGAAAAGGAGGGAUCAAUUCUGGGCACAAACAGAAACAGACGAACAAAAGAGGAUUGAGGAGGAAAAACGAGCAAUGUUACAACGCCAGCAGUCUUUUGAAUCGGAACGUAAAGCGAGAGAGGCUAAAGAACAAGAGUUACGUGACCAGCAGGUUCAGGAGAGAAUGAGGGCCAUCAGUCAGCAGAAAGCUGCCGAGAGAAGAGCUAGUCAGACAGAUGAUGAGGCUUCCAAAAAACAAUGGGAAAAAGAACAAGAGCAGGCUAUAAGAGAUGAAGAAGAAAGAAGGAAAGCUGGGGAACAUGCUAGAAAGGAACGUGCAGCAGAAGCAGAAAGAUUGGCAGCAAGUCAGACCUCAAGUGCUAGAAACUUCUUUAAACGUAAAGAAUCACAUAGUGAAGACCAUGAACCAAUACAUAAAGCUCCACCUUCAGGACCAGGAAAGUUAAAACACAAUUUUGGUGGAUCAGUUGACCAAUCAGAAGCACCGACAAGGAAAGCACCAAUUCAGUUACCGCGUGACCAACCAUCACCACCACCUAACCAACCAGCAAGGCAGCCAUCACCACCCCCUAAGAGGGAACCAUCACCACCACCCAGGGAACCAUCACCACCCCCAAGACAGCCCAGUCCACCUCCACAGAGACAACCUUCCCCUCCCCCACAGAGACAACCUUCCCCUCCCCCAAAAAGAGAGCCAUCACCACCAUCUAUACCUACACAACAGCCACAAACACGAAAUCUGCUUGCAGGAAGCCUGCCUCCAAGACAAGCGGACUCUGAUGAGGAGGAAAAUGAAGACGAAGACUGGGGAGAAGAUGAAAAUGCCAAUGAUAUUCCAGCAGUACAUGCCCAACACAUUCCCGACGAGCCUAUAGAAGAGCCAGUAUCACCCCAGCAACCAACGCAGCAAAACACAGGUGGCGAUAAGGGCGUGUGUGCGCAAGCCCUCUAUGAUUAUCAAGCUGCUGAUGAUACAGAAAUCACCUUUGACCCUGAUGAUAUUAUUACCCAGAUUGAACAAAUUGACGAGGGCUGGUGGGUAGGCAAUGCACCGGACGGAAGUCGUGGGAUGUUUCCGGCAAAUUACGUAGAAGUUUUUGAAAGCUGAGUUUGAUCAGCAUAUCUGUGAAAAUAAAUGUGGUGUUGAAAUUGAGAAAUUACAUGUAUAUGUUUAACUGUUUGCUACAUUUCUCCAAAUGGCAUCUUGUAUUAUUUAGUUAUAUACAUCAUGAUUUUUUUUUUAUUUUAUGGUGCUUUCUUCAUGAGAGAUUUCGUGGAAGACAACCUUUUACUUGCGCCUCUUAAUCUCUUAAGUUGCUUUCUGUUAAAACCAUUGAAAUAUACAUUGUAUAAAAGUGAAUGAAUGUCACCGAUUUCAUGAUAUAUGGCAUUAUUUUGUUAAGUGGAUUUUGAUAAUUUCAACAUUUUUCAUUAGGCAAGGUGCAGUUUUUUAUUUCUUCACUGUCGAAACACUUAAAAAAUUGUUAUUUCAAAUAACUUGCUAUUUAAGUGUGUUAUGUCAAGCAUCAUAUAUGUAGCAUUUUUCUUUGUGUUUGUAAGUUAUCAUAUGCAAUCAGUAUGAACAAGAUUAUAUUGAUAUUAAAAUUUUAAUUAAUACAUGGAGGAGCACCUGAGGUCUUCUUCCACCAGUAAAGCUGAAUUGUUGCCAUGUGACCUAUAUUGUGUUGGUGUGAAGUAAAACCAAACCAAUGAAUAAAAGAGAUAUUUAAUUAUAAAUUCAAUUAUUUAUAUGCUACAGAAGUGCUGUUUCAUAUCAUAUUAUCUAGAUUUUUUGUAAUUUAAUAAAAUAAUUAGAUUAAUGAGAUAUGCUGAGCAUGCUUGUGAUUUUUAUGCAAACUUAUUUUUUAUACAAUGUAUAUUAAGAUAAUGUUUUUAUGUUAUAUUAUUUUUUUUGCUACAUGACUUUCAUGUUUUUUAUUUCAUAACCAUUGAUAUGAGGCCAUAUUUAACAAUUUGUGCUCAAUAUAAUGCUUUUGGGUUUUUUUCUUUUCAGAUAUGUCUUUUAAACAAGUUCAUUCCAGGUCAUCAGAAAUUAGAGUUUUUGCCAAAAUAAUUUCAGCAAAAUGAUUUAAAAAAUCCUAAAUUGGCCAUUAUUUUGACUCACUAUCCUAAUAUCACUAUCUUUUGAUUUAAAAAAAAUAGUUUGAUGAACCCUGGAUUUCUUUCCAAAAAACAUGAAAAAAAAGAAGAGCUGACAGACAGAUGAACAUUGUGAUUUUAAUAUGCCACACUUCGGGGGCAUAAAAGCACUGCAUAGUCAGAUCAAUUAUGAAAGAAAUAAAUGUGUAGUUUGCUUUGUAUAAAUAAGGUAUGUUUAAUUUAGGUGAUUAUAUUUUUUUAAUUUUUUUUAGUUCAAUCAUAUAAUAAAUGAUAUAAUUUCAUCCUUUAUCACGUACAUAAUGAUGAAGGUGGAAAAAAAACUACACCAUUGUUUUUUUGUUGACAAGGUAGGAAUAUUAUUUAGAACAAAACAGGUUAUUUGUAUUAUGGCACCUCUGGCAGCAUUUCUGUCACUGUAACCAGAUCUGUUAUUUCAGUUCGGCUGUCAUUUUUCACAUAGAUUAUUAUUUCACCGUCGCUGUAACAUUAUACUGUGCUAUGUAUGUGACAUCUAUAAAAUAUUUUAGGCUUUUUAUGUGAAGAGAAAGCUUGAGUAUUUGUUAAAAUGAGCCGUGUCAUGACAAAACCAACAUAGUGGGUUUGCGACCAGCAUGGAUCAAGACCAGCCUGCGCACCCGUGCAGUCUGAUCAGGAUCCAUGCUGUUCGCUUUCAGUUUCUUUACUUGUAAGCAGACAGGAUGAAUCCUGAUCAGUCUGCGGAGAUGCGCUGGCUGGUCUGGAUCCAUGCUGGUCGCAAACCCACUAUGUUGAUUUUGUCAUGACACAGUUAAAAUGAUGCUGUUGAAAUGCAAAUACUAUUUGGGAUCAAAUUUGUCAUGUCAGUCAAUGACUGUUUUUAACAUUAUGAAUAUAUACAUGUAUAUAAGUACUCUUAGUAAUGACAAUGUGUUUAUUUAAAAAUGUCUAGAAAAACAUGUAACAAUAUUUUGUCUAAAUUGUUUAUUACAUAACUGGAACUCUUAAAAAGUUGUGUGAUUUUCAAGGCUUCUCACCAUGCUUGCAAUGUGGAACUGUCCAGUUGUAAUUUUUGGGUUUACAAUAACAAAAUAUUGAAAUUAAACCUUGACUUGCUGAAAUUAUUAAAUGGACUUGGCCAGCUUUCAUAUUAUGAAAUUUAA